AUGUCCAACAACUCUCCUGGCACACUCUACCUGUACAAGGAGGAAUUCCAUUUGUAUGCCACGCACUCUCCGCUUACGCGUGCUCAACACAAGUAUACUCACGACGCAAACACCUCUGAAUGGAACAUUCGUAGUUCAAAGUGCUUGCAAGAAGUAGACUUUGAGGAGGGUGUGGCUCGCCCGUGCUGUUCGGAGUGCGCAUCGCUUGGCAUGCCAACUUCGAUUCAGCGGCAGGUUGUGAGGUUUGUCGCAAAGUACAACGCAGCAUGCCUCCUGAGCGCACGUUUGUUUGGGAAUGCAGAGGACGUCAAGAAUCUCCUUGAGAAAGUGAACCAGAGUUACUUUGGACAAAACAAUUCUACAUUCUGGAAAUCCAUCACGAACCUUUCCUGCCAUGCCUUGCAAAAUUGGGUACGAAAGUCAUUCCACAUGAUGCCAGAUGACACUUGCACGGACGCAUUGCAUCGGUUUAGGGCAACAGUGGUAGUGCCUUGCAUGAAAGUGAAUGUUGCUGCAAUACCAGAUGGUGUUGCAAAGCUUUCGGCACAGUUUGUCAACGCAAUUGAAUCCAAGACACUCGAUGAGAUGGAUUCUGUCCGAGUGCUGAUAGCUGAAGCCUCAGUGUCAGGAAAACUAGAUCAGCAUCCAUUUCUGCAAGGAUUGAUCCUGCAGUGCACGCGGAAGAUUGACAAAGACAGCAGAGGUGUGGGCAUGGAAGGCCGGAAGAAAUCAUGUAGUGAAUCCGAACACAGGUUGAUUGAGAAUGCGGCCUUUUCCUUUGCGAUGUCUGGUCAUAACCAUGAACUUGCAGUGCAGCUUGGCCAGAAUUUGCGGCCUCCAAAGAUGUUUGCUGAUGACACGCCCAAAUUUGGUUUGCCCAACCCAGUUCUGGCGUUGAAGAAGGGUAAUGAAGAACAGCUUCGUGAGAAUUUGGAGUUGAUCGACCAAAAGUUUGCCAGAUCAUCAGAGAUGUCAACUCGUCGUUGCAUCUUGGCCCUUGACCAUACAUAUUUGUCAAGGGGCUUGCAGCAGACCAAGGUCAAGAAUGAAGCAGGAUUAGUGGGUUCACCAUGGAGCCCCUUGCAGGAAUCCCGUGAGUUCAUGCCAUUCGCCAAGUUGCCACCGCAAGCCUCGAGAUCAGAUAAGGCUCCACUGAUGUUGGAGUGCUUGAUAUGGAACCCAUGUGGUGUCAAACAGAGUUGCUUUUCUGUGGCCAGCAUGCCGAUGAGCCUUUCUGCGCACCAAGUUGAGAAGAAUGCCAGGGAUCACGGGAAGAGAGAAAUGCUCUAUGUGGUCGCAACCCUCAUGAUGGAUGCUCAUUGGUUGGUCAAGGGCAUUGUGAUGGACGCUCACGCGUCCCAUGCUUGGAUUAAAGAGGCUUUGUUUGGGGAGUUCCGUGGAAUCAGCAAGCAGUUCCUUGAGGAGGUUCCGUGGUUCCAGGAUCUGGAGUACAAACCGCUGCCACAGCAUGUGCUACCUCACUUGCACAUGAAGCUUUGUUCGCGCAAAGGCGAGUCAGUGUGGAUGAUAUGCGGACCUCUCCACGCGUUCAAGAAUUGCGGAGGUCAAUUGAACAGUCCAUUGAGAACAUUGACGCUGGGAAGGUACUUCACAGACUCUAGUGGGGCCCGAACGAAUGGGCUCCCCCCCUCAGCAUACACAAGGAGUGAGGCUAUGAGCGAUGCGUUACACUGUAUGCUGUUCAACCCAGUCUUCCUCAUUCAAGAAUCCGUUCCGAGUUUAAAUCAAGCAUUGUUUUGUUUUAUAUAUUUUUUGAUAUAUUUUGAUAUACCCCUACCUGUAUCCUUUGUUUUUGACUUUGGAUCGCAAGCUUGUGAUUCUGUAGGCCUCUGGGAAUUAUUUGUAACUACAGAAUGCUUAGCGCAACCUCACCUGGCUAUAUGUUGA